AUGGUCGGGCAUGGAGUAAAGGCCUGCCCUGUUCUGCAACGCAAGGCCCAGGAGAAAAUCUGCAAGCAGAAGGAGCAUGCCGAGAAGAAGGCGACCAGCGACACUUGGAGCGAGUCUGGAACAAGUACCGCGGCCUCGUCGUGGAAUUCGUGGAGAUCCGAGAGGAAUUGGUGGCAGCCGCGUGGGGGGAAGAAGGGCAAGUCGAGGACGGCAUGGUCAGAGUGGCAUCCGGAGCAUUGGGUGCUGAGUGAGGACGAAGAGCGAGAGGCUCGCAAGCUAGAGAAGAAGCUUCGGGAGAUCGCCGCCCUGGAGCAGCUGGUGGAGCAGGGGCAGGGCUUGGAUUCACUUCAGCUGCAAAAGGUGGAUCGGAAGAGUGAGAUCGAGGCUCAUGAGGUCUUGCGCAAAGUGCGCCUAGGUUACCACCGGAUCAACCUGCCGGCUGCUUCAUAG